ACACUUCAUUUGCACCAUCAAUCUAAUAUUUCAUUCUCAAUUUCUCAAGUACCAAUCGAGAAUUACGUCAAGAAUGGAGAUGGGUUUGAAGCAAACUCAAGGACUCAUCCUGAUGCUAACUGUUGCUUCCAUGCUAACAGUUAGUAUGGCCAACAAGAACUUCACUUGGAACUAUGGCUUUAACUACACAGACUGGUUUGGGAAACACCGUAAUGAUACCGGAGGAUCCAACCGGAUCAUCGUUGGCGGCUCUGCCAACUGGCAGUUUAACUUCAACUACACUGACUGGGCUCUCAAAAAUGGUCCAUUCUAUCUCAAUGAUACUCUUGUGUUCAAGUAUAGUCUUCCCGUCGACAACAACUCACACCCUCACAGUGUCUAUUUGCUACCAAACUUUUGGAGCUUCAUAAACUGCGAUCUGAGCAGAGCCAAGAAGUUGGCAGACGGAAAUCAAGGCGGUGGAGCGGGAUUCGAGUACAGGUUGACGAGGUGGCAACCAUACUACUUUGCUUGCGGUGGGGGUAAUGGCUUUCACUGCAAUCAGGGAUUGAUGAAGUUUUUCGUGAUGCCGCUGUUUCGCCGUUGGCAUGGUUGAUCUUGCUGGAGCUGGCUUGGGAAGAUGCAGUGCUGCUGCCUGGAAUAUUUUUAACUUUCUUGUUUUCUUUAAACAAAUAAUGCAAUUUUUUCUUCUUUUUUUUUUUCUUUUUGAAUUUCUUUAGUUGAAAUAAAGUUUAAGAGAGCACUGAAUAAAUGUAUUCUUGACUUGUAUUGAAAUUGAGACUUGAUAACCUUUAAUGAGUAGUACCAUUCUUGGUAUCAUUUUAUUUUGAA